AUGGAUGCUAAAGUAAUGGCACUCGAGCCUCAGAGGUACCUCGUAUACCUACAGGACACUCUACGAAACCUACCUCUGGCAGCUAUACUUCGAGUGGCAUGUACUUUCUUGGGCGGUGCUGCCAUCAUCCUCGCCUUCAUCUCGUACCGUUACUAUGCUUUCCGUCGACGACUGCCACCCGGACCUGUUGGCCUUCCACUGGUUGGGAAUCUUUUGGAAAUGCCCAAGAGUCACCCGUGGCUUACUCAUACCGAAAUGCACAAGAAAUACGGUCCGAUCUUCAGCAUGCAAUUUGGUGCGAGUACCGUCAUCUUUCUGGGCACCUAUGGAGUUGCCAGAGAUCUUCUCGAGAAACGCAGCAACAUCUACAGCUCUCGACCUCGCUCAGUCAUGGUUGGAGAAUGUAUCAGCCAAGGCAACCGGUCUCUCAUUCUGCCAUACGGAGAGCAGUGGCGUGGGUAUCGGCGUCUGCAAGGAUCAUUCCUAAGUCCCCGCAUGUCCAACACCUACCGCGAGCUGCAAGAUCUGGAAAGCAAACAGCUCAUCUCGGAAUUUCUCACUCGGGAUGACUUCUUCAAGCGCUACCAUCGUUAUUCGUCUAGCUUGACCUUCGCUCUAGCGUACGGAAAGCGCAUGCCCACUGGCCAGGAAGAGGAAGUGAAGGGUGUGGAGACGAUCAUGGACAAUCUGAAUAACGCCUUCAUCACUAACUGGAUUGUGGAUUCCCUCCCAUUUUUGAACAAACUCCCGAGAUUCAUGAAGCCGUGGCAGAAGAUUGCUGACUUCCUGGGUGACGAGGAACGCGAGUUCUUCACCAUGAUCCGAAACGGCGCAACUCAGCGUAGAGGUUACAACUGGUGCAAGGACAUUCUCACCAUGAAGGAGCAUAAGGCUCUCACCGAUACGCAACUCUCUUACGUCAUUGGCAACACAUACGAGGCCGGCGCAGAUACCACCACCAUGACGCUGCAAGUGUUUACACUUGCCUGCGUGCUACACCAAGACAAGGUCAAGAUCCUCCAGGAGGAGAUCGAUCGAGUUGUUGGCCGCGAUCGACUACCCACGUUUGAGGAUUGUGAGAAGAUGCCUUAUCUGUUGGCAUUCGUCAAGGAGGUACACAGGUGGCGUCCAGUACUCCCCGGCGGUGUACCUCAUGCAGUUACUGCGGAUGACGAAUAUAUGGGCUACCACAUUCCUAAAGGCGCAACCAUUGUUCCAGGCCACUGGGCAAUCUCCAUGGACGAAGAGUUGUAUCCAAACGCGGACGAAUUUCUGCCAGAACGUUUCCUGAAGGAUCCAGAUCUCCCGUACUCUCAAUUUGGAUUCGGUCGACGCAAGUGCAUUGGUCAAUACAUUGGUAACAACUCCAUGAUGAUAAACGUGUCACGUAUGCUCUGGGCCUACGAUAUCAAGAAAGGCUGGGAGAUUGUGAAUGGAAAGAAGGUUGAGGCUAAGGUCGGACGAUUCGAUUUUCACUCAGGCUUCAACUCUCCUCCUCUGCCGUUCAAAGCAGCCUUUAUCCCGCGCAGUGAGAAGGUAAAGGACAUCCUUCGCGGGGAGUUUGCGAAAGCAGACAAGGACACUGGGGCCAUUCUGGAGCGCAUUGAGAAAGCUCAGCAGAUUCUCAAGGAAGGCGAGCCCAUUACAGUCACAGUAUAA